CGAGUUUAGUCAUUAAUCGAUAAGAAGCACGCUUUUUGCUGGCCAGUGCGCGCGUUCCAUGACAAUUUGUGCUUAAAUUGAUCAUAAUUAAAGUACAACAUGGACCAUACACGUGAAAUACUGACAUUUCAGUUUGGCACAUAUGCCAAUUAUGUGGGCGCACACUUCUGGAAUCAGCAGGAGGCAAACUUUGUGUACGAUCAGGAGAACGGCGGCAAUGUGGCUGAGGAGCAGCUGCCCCACAAUGAUAUACUCUAUAGAGAGGGCCGGAAUGAUCAGAAACAAACGACUUAUACGCCGCGCAUGCUCUCCGUAGAUCUUGCCGGCACGCUGGGCCAUCUGCCCGUUGUGGGCGAGCUGUAUGGCAAUUUUCUACAGUUGGCGGAUGAACAAAACGCUGAUGAAAUCCAGAAAGUCAAAGAAUUGGCCGAACAGAAUAAGCUAUCCACGCACGGUGAGCUGGAUGUACGCAAGCAGCCAGCGGCUACAUUGUCCGAAUAUCAGCAGGAUUUGCUUAAGGGCGCCGUCAAUACGCACGAUAAGGACUACAAUUUGGCUGGGACUUGCAACAGCUGGGCGGACUAUCUAUAUGCACGUUACCAUCCACGCUCAUUUAAUUUGCUGCACGGUUUGGUGCGUCAGCCGGACGUUCAGGUGCUGGGCACACAUGCCGCAGGCGUGGAACUGUGGCAGUCGGUGUCCUUUAACGAGGACUUUUGUGAUCGCAUACGCAUGUACGCCGAGGAAUGCGAUGGUCUGCAGGGCUUCCAGCUGCUCUUUGACAUUGACGACGGCUUCAGUGGAUUGGCCAGCAAGUGUCUGGAGCAUUUGAAUGAUGAAUACAGCCGCGCCAGCUUUGUCCUGCCGCUGCACUAUCCACGCAACAUCGCCUAUGCCCAAGCAGAUCCACGCACCGCCCACGGCAUUCGUGUGGCGAACAGCGUACUCAGCUAUUAUCAUCUCAGCGAGCAGGCGAAUAUGUUUACGCCACUGUCCACGCUGGAGACCAUUUGGCGCAAUAAUACGCUGCAGUCGCGUCGACUGCCCGGUCUGCAUUGGCAGCCAGACAAUCUGUACCAGAGCUCUGCCGUGCUAGCGGCAUAUUUGGACACAGUUACGCUCGGCUAUCGUCUGCGCCAGACGCCCGAAACACUAUUGCGCUUCUGCGAUCGCGUCUGUCCCUCUGGCCGCAAAAUGACGGCGGCUGCUUUGGCUCUGCCCUUGGGCAUGCAGCAAGAACAGGAUCUCAUUGAUUAUUUGGACCAGGGGGCGAGUGGUUCGCUCUUCACACAGCUUACGCCUGGCUGUGAGCCGGGCAACUCGCAUAUUGUACAGUCAGUUGUAGCGCGCGGCAUACCCCAUGCACGGCUCAAGCGUCCCCUGGAGCUGGCAGGGCCACAGCUGCGCAUGUCCGCCUAUAAAUGCGACAGCGUCUCCCAGAUGCUCCAAUUGUAUUAUCAGUGUGCCUAUCAUGGCAGUCUGACGCAUGCUGCCGCCACGCCACUACCCCUCAAGACGCAGCUGCCGUUCCCUUACGAGAUCUUUGAGACACGCGUUGCUGCCGAUGGCUUUAUGCUGCCGGGUGAGGCGCAGCGUGAGCCGAAGUCACGUGUGGCCAGCGCACCAGCCUUGGCUGCGAUACAGAACUCCAGCAAGCUGGGUGAGCAUCUCGAUGCGCUGCACGGCCAAACGCAUCGCGUUCAGGUGGCCAAAUUGCAGGGUUACUCGCAGUCGGGCUUCGAGCGGGAUGAGUACGAAACGGCGCUCGAUAAGCUGCUCGAGUUUCGUGACAAUUACGAAGAUUCCCAGUACCUCUAAGGCGGGAAUCGUCAACUGUGAUAGACAGACACACACACACACACACACACAUUUAAAUAAACACACUAUUAACAGGAUGCGUUCCUGGAUUCGUA